AUGGCUAAAACUGAGAAGUCAUUUCCUAGAAACUUUACAGGUUGCCUAACAUGCGUACAAGUAUUGAAUAUCAUGGUGCUGCUGGGCUUCAUGCUGAACUACGCGCUCCGCGUCAACCUCACUAUCGCGAUUGUCGAAAUGAUUUACGACGAAAAGGACAACCACACCAUCGUAAACAUCACCGACUCCAUGAACGUCACACAGCAUCCUGAGCACAUAGAACAGACACGAUACCAUUGGGAUACGAAGCAGAAGAACCACUUGCUGGGUUGCUUCUUCUGGGGGUAUGUCCUCACGGAACUUCCAGGCGGUCGACUAGCAGAAAUCAUAGGUGCUAGACGAGUCUUCGGAUAUAGCACCUUGCUGGCCAGUAUCCUCACACUUGUGUCUCCCAGUGCAGCGUCAGCUGGCUUCGGAUGGAUAGUUGCACUGAGGGUGGUGUUGGGCUUCCUUCUUGGAGCGACAUGGCCCGCUAUACUCCCUAUGGCCUCAAAAUGGAUUCCACCGAUGGACAGAUCAAAAUUCAUGUCCAACAUGAUGGGUGAGUUGCCUAUUUCAUUAGAGUUCAUAAACCAUUAA